CGAGCGACCUGCGAAAAUUCUUUCUUUUCCCACCCCCCGUCGUCGCCCUUCCUUCUCCUCCCUCUUUCUUCCCUACCAACCACCACCCUUACCACCCUAUCGAUCCUCGCCGGUGUUUGCCACCGUCCUACACCCGCCAUCAUGUCUCCCUCCAAGGCUGCCGCUGAUGGCACCAUCACCAUCGAUGUCGCAGACUUUACCAGAACCCGCGACGGUGUUCUCUCCACUCUACUGAAGCUGAAUGCCGCUAUUUCUGAUGUCAUCAAGGCCUAUGUCAACCAUUCCGAUGUUGCGCUGGGUCACGGCCCUAACAGCCUGGGUAUUGCCGGCCUCGACAGCAUCACUGACAGCCUUCAUGAGUAUGGUCUUAUCCCUGCGCGCGCCUCCAGCCCCGGCGCCAAGUCCGAGGCGGGCGAGAAGAAGAAGCGCAAGCGUCGUGCUCCGGACCCGAACGCCCCCAAGCGCGCUUUGACCCCCUUCUUCCUCUACAUGCAGACCAGCCGCCCUCUUAUCGCUCAGGAGCUGGGCGACGGUGCCAAGCCCAAGGAGGUCUCGGACGAGGGUACUCGUCGCUGGGCUGAGAUGCCUGAAGCUAAGAAGGAGAUCUGGAAGAAGAUGUAUGCCGACAACCUUGCUGUCUACAAGGAGAAGGUGAAGGCCUACAAGGCCGGUGUCACCUACUCGGACGAUGCCAAGGCUGCCAGCCAGCUCCACCAGGGUAUCGAGGGCGUCGAGACUGGCUCUGAAUCCGAGUCCGAAGACGAGUCUUCCGCGUCGGAGGAGGAGGAAGAGGAGGAGGAGACCCCCGAGCCUGAGCCGGUCCGGGAGCCUACUCCCCCGCGCAGCACCAAAAGCCGCCGCCGCAGCGAGGGCAAGCCCGCCUCCGCUAAGGAGGCCGCGGCCCCCGCUGCCGCCGAGAAGGAGUCCCCCGAGAAGAAGAAGCGCGGCGCUGCUGCUCGCAAGGAUGAGGCCGCCCCCGCCUCUACCAAGAAGGCUGCAACUGAAAGCAAGCGUGCCCCCAAGAAGAAGCGCAAGAGCGAGGCCGCUGCCGAGUAAAGUGGCCAUGUGAUGUAAAUUGAUCUAUGCUCUUGGUAUGACAGCAUGUCGUGGAUUGCUUUGUGGGAUGUAUCUGUAUCUUUUCGGGGCUUGCAGUAUGUAUUUCUUGGUCUGUUGGCGCUUGGACUGUCUGCUUUGCUGGGGAGUUCAGUUGAUGUUGGUAGCUGUCUAUGAAUUGAAAAGCUUGGC